AUGAAGUUCACUAUCUUCUCUUCGUCACUCGCCGUGGCAAUGGUUCAUGCCUACCCUCCCUCCUACAUGGCCAGCCUGUCCAAACGAGCAGAGCCAGGUGUAUGGGAGCCCGCCGGCCCUGAUGAUUUCAGAGGCCCAUGCCCGAUGAUGAACACUCUAGCGAACCACAACUUCCUCCCCCACGACGGCCGCAACAUUACAAAAGAGAAUGCCAUCUUCGCGCUCGGCGAGGGUAUCGGCUUCGACCGUGACCUUGCAACCCUCAUGUGGGAGCAGGCCAUACACAUCAACCCAACACCAAACGCCACCUUCUUCACACUGGACCAACUUAACGUGCACAAUAUCCUCGAGCACGACGGCAGUCUGACUCGCACAGAUGAUUUCCUCGGCAGCAACCACAUCUUCAACCAGACCGUGUUUGACGAGACGCGCAGCUACUGGACAGGCGACGUCAUUGAUGCCACGAUGCUCGCCAACAGCAAGAUUGCCCGCCAGGUGACCUCGCGGGCCACCAACCCGACGUACACGUUCACCUCCACCAUGGAGCAGUUCAGCAUCGGCGAGGUCGCGGCGCCCAUUAUUGGGCUUGGCGACAUGGAGGCUGCCACUGUCAGCCGCGCGUUCGUCGAGUACUGGAUCCAGAACGAGAGGCUGCCUUCCGAACUGGGGUGGGUUAAGAAGCAAGUACCUGUCACGCUACAGAACAUUCUGGCUGUCAAUGAGAUCAUCACCAAUGCGACGAGCUUAAUCACGACUGGGGAGCCGGUGCCUGGCCCGCCGCGUCCUGUUGAUGGGUAUCGUCCAAACUUGCACGCGGGUACCUUCUGA